AUGUCUUCAAAUGCGUUGAAGUCAGCCUCGCGUUGCCUCCUCACCGGCACAGGACGACAUGUCGUUUGUGAAGCCUCUUCGUCGCGGACAACGGUACAGCGCCGACAUUAUGCGUCGAACCACUCAAAGCUGUCCAAAAAGGUGGAAGAUUCAGAUGCUGAGCUAGUUUCUCUGGCCGAGAAACUUCUGAAAACGAUGCCACCUACGAAGAAGGGACCACCAUCUUCAAAAACAGGUCGCUUGUCGUACAGGUCGUCAGGUCUGUCACUGAAGAGGCCGAAGGAUCCGUUACUUGGAAUCCGUUCUCCCAUCAGACAGGCCGGUUUGGGUCCCAUAGAAAGCAUAGAUCCUCCCUCACGUUUUAACACGAACAAGAGGCACCGAAGAAGAGACGACGAUAAACGAACAAACCCAGACAUGCGUACCCUGCUUGCCUUACAACAAAUGGCUGAAGGGACGAAUGAUCUCGCUUUUGAGAGACAACUGAAUUCACGGUAUCAAGGCGACUUCUCGACACCCCUCGUCGACGAGAAGAACGCAAAGUCGGCGGAGCUGAAGGAGGACUCCUCAAGUGAUUCUCCUUUUGCUCUGGAAAGUGAACUCUUUCCUGCCGACUCGAAGCUUGUGCCGGAGCGGUGGAAGGGUGACGAAUGGACCACUGAGGAUGUUGAGCGGAUCAAUUCCUUCCUUGACCCCUCAUUAGAUGACCGACCCAUUGCACCGCAUAUUCUGAAGGGAGAUACCUUACAGACUGGUGUUCUGGAGUCAAACUCGCUUGCUCUAACUGAUGUCCCUCCACGGAACAAGCACCUGCCAAUAUCCACUUUGAAGCACAAUUUAGAUCGUGUCUUAUUCAGUCCUGGUGUUCAUUGGCUGCAAGAUCCCCGAUCGCGAGUCUACAAUUUCUCGCCAUGGUUGGAAAAAAUCCCCAAGGUUAACGACUUUGCCUUUGAGCGUUUAGCAGGCUUCAUCAAAAGUUCUCGAGAUGAGGACCUACGGACACUUGCAAAACAGGAAAGGAGGAAGUUUGCAGGCUCGACCUCCUCCUUGUCGGGCAUGUUGAGCCAUAUAUAUUUCCUGCUAUCUGAGUUCAAGGACCCAGACUUCUCAAUGAUGAGCCAGCACUUCAAGAGUCAACCUUCUGGCUUCACCUCAGGGCAACGAAUGCCUGUCACUGCAGCCUUGGUUUAUAAAGAUGGUGUUUAUGCUGUGGACUCACAUACCGCUGAAUUCGAUGAUCCAGAUAAGAAUGUCUUGACGUGGAUGGGCACUCUGCUGGAACAUUUCCUUACCAAAACCCCUGAAAAGUUCAAGAAAUUUUUGAGGCGAGAAUCGGAGCCCAUUCAGAAAAAUGAAACUCCCAUAAUGAGGGAAGCGUUCCGCUUUUCGAAGUCUAAAGAGUUCGUGAUGCGCUCCCAACUUGACUGUCAAGAUCAUAGGCUGCCAGGCACUGGUGUUUUCGAUCUCAAAACUCGGGCAUGCGUUACAAUCCGAAUGGAUAUUCUCAACUACGAGGAAAACUCGGGAUAUUUGAUUAGAAAUCAACACGGCCUUAUGGAAAGUUUCGAGAAGGAGUACUACGAUCUCAUCCGGUCGGCGUUCUUGAAAUAUGGUUUCCAAGCCCGUAUAGGGAACAUGGACGGUGUCAUGGUCACGUAUCAUAAUACUGAACGAAUCUUCGGUUUCCAAUACAUUCCCCUGGAUGAGAUGGAUGAACGUCUCUUUGGGCCAACCCCUGGCAUUGGCGACAAGGUAUUUGCUAAAUGUGUCGAAUUGUUGGAGGCGAUUGUUGGAGAAGCUACCAAAUGUUACCCCGAGCAAUCCGUCCUCUGCUCGUUCGAAACGAAACUCCCAGGAAAGGUUCUUGACGUAUUCGUGCAACCCAUGGAAUGGGGUGGCCCUGAAGAGACAAGACCCGUCUCGAAACUAUGUGCCAAGCUGGACCACCGUCUUGACAACGAACUCGUGAAGGCAAGCGUGGCGAUGAGAGCAGUCACCGAAGCCUGGACUGUCGACUACGAGAUUAUGCGUCCUCAUCUUUCAGAAGAAGAGGUCAGGAUGGAUCUGAGUGGACUUAAUCAGCGCAAGAUGCGAUCCCUGGUUCUACCCUCUUCCGUCCCAUUGGAAGAUGCGGAGCAAUACUGGACCAAUCUGAGUUUCAACAAGGUCAUGUCGAAGGAAGACGCGAGGAUUUUUCGCCCAGAGUCUUUCAGCCUUGCCACUGCAGCUAUCGAGCGAUACCGCGAGUUGGCCCGCGAAGGCCGCCUCAUUUCGCAGAGGCUGGAGAGUGAACUCGCCGGCCGACCCAAGAUCGUUCUGGGUGAAGGGAUUUACGAGGAGGAAGAGAGUCUAUUCCUCAAAGAGCCAACCCACUCGGUGGGGCUGGAGUCAUCGCCUUCAGAAUCGCCGUCGAGCCUUGCGAAAGCCGAUGACAACGCAGAGACUAGCCCGUCGUCCACAUAA